GUUGGUUGGAGCCGCUGCUGGACCGCAUAGCUCGCGACCCGACCAACGUGGUUUGCCCGGUCAUCGAGGUUAUCAACGACGACACCUUCCAAGUCCGCUCCUCCAAGCCCCGGGACGCGCAAGUCGGCGGCUUCAGCUGGGGACUCAUUUUCAACUGGCACGCCAUCCCGAGCAAGGAGCGGGCCAGACACCAGCACCCCGCCGAGCCUGUGCGAUCCCCAACCAUGGCCGGGGGUCUGUUCUCCAUCGACAAGGCCUUCUUCGAGCGACUGGGAACCUAUGACUCGGGCUUUGAUAUCUGGGGCGGCGAGAACCUGGAGCUGUCGUUUAAGACCUGGAUGUGUGGUGGCACUCUCGAGAUCGUCCCUUGCUCCCAUGUCGGCCACAUCUUCAGGAAACGGUCCCCUUACAAGUGGCGCUCCGGCGUGAACGUCUUGAAGAGGAACUCGAUUCGUUUAGCCGAAGUAUGGCUCGACGACUACAAGAAAUACUACUACGAGAGGAUUGGCUACGACCUGGGCGACUUCGGGGACGUGAGCGAGCGGAAGAAGUUGAGGGAGAACCUGAAAUGCAAGUCGUUUGAAUGGUAUCUCGAGAACGUCUACCCCGAACUCUUUGUGCCAGGAGACGCCGUGGCUUCAGGAGAGGUCCGCAACUUGGGGUCUGGUGGCGCCACUUGCCUGGACUCCCCGGCCAGACGCGCUAACUUGCACAAGCCCGUUGGCCUGUACCCGUGCCACAAGCAGGGGGGCAACCAGUACUGGAUGUUGAGCAAGGAGGGAGAGAUCCGGCGUGACGAGGCCUGCAUGGACUACGCCGGCUCUGACGUGAUCCUGUACCCCUGCCACGGCUCCAAGGGGAACCAGUACUGGGAGUACAACCCAGAGACGAACCGCAUUAUCCACGGCAGCAGCAAGAAGUGUCUGGCCAUCUCGUCGGACAAGAAGAAGCUGGUGAUGGAGGACUGCAACCUGGAGGAGGGACGCCAGAAGUGGAAGUUCGAGAAUUACGACCCCAGCAAAAAGCUAUGAAGAAUGCCCUGACUAACGCCACAUUGAAUUUGUUUUGUACAUAGAUUUUUGAAGUGCCUGUUUGUACCGAGUUUAUCAUUUGGCAGCGUUUUUACCGAUGAAGAAGUGGGCGUGGGGAAUAAAUGUUGAACGGAAAAAAUGCUUGACUAUGAACACUGUGUAGGAGAGACAAGACCCUGAACCCUAUAAGUAAAGAGCAUAUAAGACACUGUGCCUGAGUCGUGUGUCCGGGCUUCCCACGCUGGAGUUUGGUCUCUGAAAGGGGCUGGAAAGGUUGUCACUGAAGUCCAAUGCUCUCUAAUGGUUGUGUGUGUGUGAAGUACUUAAGCUCUCAGUCCUACAUAUCAGCUGGUGGCCUCUGAAGGAUCGUCUGGCUGUGGUGUGAUAAGGCCUGCAAGGAAAGGUUGUGUAUUAGUGCUAAGAGUGAAAUGAGUGAGUAUAUUUAGAGUAUAUAUUAAAUUCUGGAUUGGAGGAGGAGUUCCAGUCUGAUAUUGGGUGAAGGAUCAGUGAUAAGAUUUGUUUGAGGGAAGUGUCUUGGGCAGGACGACAGCAAUCUCAAAUCAUGAAUAUUAUCAAGCCUAGAGUGAAAAUAUUGACAUAUCCAACACAUAUCAAGGGGAAGCUGCUCAAGGGGAGAGGUGCAGAAUGUUGCUGCUGCUCCGAGGAGGAGACGGAGGUGUUACUCUAGACCGGUGCUCUGUUCAAAGGGGGAGUCCUCACGCAAUAGUCAGCAAGUGUGUGUGUGUGAGUGUGUAUGUGUGGUGUGUGUUGCCGCCCAGCUCAAACAUUCCACUGUUGUAAGUUACUUAGCUGGGCCGUGGACGCUGCACACACCAAGUCAAAUUACAUAGAAGGGGACUUUGAAGGUGUUUCAUCAAGCUGUAUACUUCCAGUAUACUUAAUCUAGUUGUACAAACUGUAUAUGAACAGUAUUACCUGUUUGUUACUUGUGUACAGCCUGACCUUGGUUACUGCCGCCCCGCCUGGCCAGGGUGGCAGCUCUUGUUACUACUUGUUACUUGAUCAUAAAUUGGUGGAGACUGAGUGGAGUGAAUCAGGAGUGUGUUGUUCAGUACCAACAAAUUCAGAAUGACUUGAUUCAGGACGAGGCGCCGCCGCCGGUCCGUCUGUCAGGCGGCGCUUCCUUACUUUAAGGGACUUAAGUUACGUUAAAAAUGGGAUUGGUUGCUCAAAUUUCAGUGAGGUUCUUCAGUUUUUUCCAAGCUUAAAAGUUUCUGUUGAGGCUACAAAUAAUCAACGCUUGUCACU